UUUUUUAUUAUAUGGAUGAUUGAGGGGUGCUUGUGAGUUGAGGAAGUUUGGAAAAUUGUAUUUUUCCUGUAAAAUUAGCCAAGUUUCCCGUUUAGCAACUAACAAAACGGAAAAUCCAAUGCUUAGAGCUGAAAAUGGCUGACGAACAGGAAAUCAGACAACUGGAGCUUCUUUGCAAGCAACUCUACGAAUCCCAAGACAGUGCCAUACGUUCGGACGCAGAAAAAACCCUGGUGGUUUUCCAGGAAAGCCCCGACGCGCUAACAAAAUGCCAAGUUUUACUAGACAGAGGCGAUUCGGCGUACGCCCAAUUACUUGCCGCCACUACUUUGACCAAAUUGGUAUCGAGAAGUGCACAAGGUUUGAGCUUGCAACAGAGAGUGGACAUAAGAAAUUAUGUCCUAAAUUAUUUAGCUACAAGACCAAAAUUACCAAACUUUGUUGUACAAGCUCUUGUAACUUUAUUUGCAAGAAUAACUAAGCUAGGUUGGUUUGAUACGCAUAAAGAUGAUUAUAUGUUUAGAAAUGUUGUAGCUGAUAUUGGCAAGUUUUUACAGGGAUCAGUUGAACACUGUAUGAUAGGAGUACAGCUCUUGUCACAACUCACCUGCGAAAUGAAUCAAAUAUCGGACAUAGAAGCCAAUAGGUCAUUAACAAAACACAGAAAAAUCGCUUCAUCGUUUAGAGACUCCCAGCUAUUUGAAAUUUUCAGAUUGUCUUGCAGUUUACUGAGUACUGCUAGAGAAAACUGCAAAAAUCUCAAUUUUAGUGAUGAAAAUCAACACGGUUUGAUGACGCAACUGUUGAAGUUGGCCCAGAAUUGUUUAACUUUUGAUUUCAUUGGUACAUCAACUGACGAAUCUUCUGACGAUUUGUGUACUGUUCAAAUACCUACUAGUUGGCGCCCAGCGUUUUUAGAUUUUACAACUCUCAAAUUGUUUUUCGAUUUAUAUCAUUCAUUGCCAAACACUUUAUCUAGUCUGGCUUUGUCCUGUUUAGUUCAAAUUGCUUCAGUACGUCGCUCUUUGUUUAGCAAUAUAGAAAGGGCAAAAUUCUUAACUCAUCUAGUCAAUGGUGUCAAGCAUAUUCUACAAAACCCUCAAGGACUAAGUGAUCCUGCAAAUUAUCACGAAUUUUGUCGUCUAUUGGCCAGACUAAAAAGCAACUAUCAACUAGGGGAGUUGGUAAUGGUUGACAACUAUCCAGAAUCUAUACAAUUAAUUGCCAAAUUUACGGUACAAAGUUUGCAAAUGUGGCAAUUUGCACCCAACAGUGUACACUAUCUUUUAUCGCUCUGGCAAAGGAUGGUGGCUUCUGUGCCAUAUGUCAAAGCUACAGAGCCUCAUUUGUUGGAAACAUACACCCCAGAAGUUACUAGUGCCUACAUAUCAUCCAGGCUAGAAUCAGCAGCCGUUGUAGCCAGAGAUGGCCUAGAAGAUCCUCUAGACGAUCUUGGUAUGGUGCAGCAGCAAUUGGAACAAUUAUCUGUGAUUGGCCGGUGCGAAUAUGGGAAAACUUGCACGUUGUUGGUGCAACUUUUUGACAGAGCUGCUGCCACCUAUCAGGAAUUGUUGAGUUCGCGUACCCAACAAGUUGAAGUGGCUGUACAAGAAGGCCAACUAACAUGGUUGGUGUACAUAAUAGGCUCAGCCAUUGGAGGUCGCGUAUCUUUUAAUUCAAACGAAGAACACGACACAAUGGAUGGUGAACUUGUGUGUCGCGUUUUGCAACUGAUGAAUUUGACAGACAAUAGAUUAUCUCAAGGUGGGUGUGAAAAGUUGGAACUGGCAAUGUUAAGUUUUUUCGAACAAUUUAGAAAGAUCUACGUGGGUGAUCAGGUGCAAAAAAAUUCAAAAGUUUAUAGGAGAUUGUCUGAAGUUUUGGGAUUGAGCGACGAGGCAACGGUGCUUAGUGUAUUUAUUAGGAAAAUUAUAACAAAUUUAAAAUAUUGGGGCCGCAGUGAGACUACAAUAAGUAAAACAUUACAACUACUUAAUGAUUUGUCUGUUGGUUAUAGUUGUGUAAGAAAAUUAGUUAAAUUAGAAGAAGUUCAAUUUAUGCUCAACAACCAUACGAGCGAACAUUUUCCAUUCCUUGGUAAUACAGUGUCUGUAAAUGAAAUGAGAUGUCGUUCAAUGUUUUACACUUCAUUAGGACGAUUAUUAAUGGUAGAUCUUGGUGAGGAUGAAGAUCGAUUCCAUAAUUUUAUGCUACCUUUAACAGCUGCAUUUGAAAGUAUAGGUCAAUUACUAGCAGCUUCAGAGUCUCCAAUGUUUGCCAACGAUGAAGCGAAAAAAGCCCUAAUUGGCUUAGCAAGAGAUUUAAGAGGUUUAGCGUUUUCUUUUAACACUAAAACUUCAUACAUGAUGCUUUUUGAUUGGAUUUAUCCAAAUUAUACACCGAUAUUACUUAGAGCAGUAGAGUUGUGGUAUCAUGAUCCACAAGUUACCACUCCGGUGUUAAAAUUAUUUGCCGAAUUAGUACAAAACCGAUCGCAAAGGUUACAAUUUGAUGUUUCUUCGCCCAAUGGGAUUUUAUUAUUCAGGGAGGCUAGUAAAAUAAUUUGUAGCUAUGGAACUCGCAUAUUGAAUGUAGAAGUGAGCAAAGAGCAAAUAUAUCCAUUGAAAUUGAAAGGGAUUUCAGUAUGUUUUUCAAUGUUAAAGGCCGCCUUGUGUGGGAGUUACGUUAAUUUUGGGGUAUUUAGACUUUAUGGAGAUGAGGCUUUAGAUAAUGCCUUAAACGUUUUUGUUAAGCUGUUAUUAUCAAUACCUCAAAGUGAUCUUUUGGAUUAUCCUAAAUUAUCUCAAACUUAUUACGUAUUGUUGGAGUGUUUGGCCCAAGAUCACAUGAGCUUUUUAGCAACGCUGGAACCUCAAGUAUUCCUUUAUAUUUUGUCGUCAAUCUCUGAAGGACUGACAGCCUUAGAUACAAUGGUUUGUACAGGAUGUUGCGCUACACUGGACCAUAUAGUAACAUAUUUAUUUAAACACUUGACCCAAAAAGCGUAUCCAGGAAAAAAGACACCACUACCUCAAAGCAGUGGCGACAUGUUCCUAAAAGUCCUAGAAAUGCAUCCGGAAAUCCUGCAGCAAAUUCUAAGUACCGUCCUGAAUGUCAUAAUGUUUGAAGAUUGCAGGAAUCAAUGGUCAAUGUCUAGGCCCUUAUUAGGUCUGAUUUUACUGAACGAAGACUAUUUCGCCCAAAUGCGAGAAAGCAUUAUUAGGAGUCAACCGCCGGACAAACAAGCCGCCAUGGCACAAUGGUUUGAAAAUUUGAUGGACAGCAUUGAAAGGAAUUUGUUGACUAAAAAUAGAGACAGAUUUACACAAAACCUUUCAAUGUUCCGAAGAGACAUAAACGAUUCCCUAAAAGGUCCCAACGUCAAUACGACGUCAGUAAAUGACAUGAUGACUUCAUAGUUUAAAGAACAAUUGUUAUUUUGUAUAGGAAAAAAAAGUGAUGAUUUAGAUGUAUUUAAGUGCGGAUAUACUUUAUUCUUUUUUUUAGUUAAGAUUUAAUUAUUGUGCAUUUGUUUCAAUUUUUUUUUUGUAUAGGUAUGUAACAAUCAGAUUUUUAAUUGUGUUGCUUGAUAAUUUAGUAAAUUAUUUAAUUUUUUGGUGAGUGUCAGAGAGAAGCGAGGGCGCGGUCUUUUUACAAAAUAAUAAUAGGAAAGAGUUAUUUGUUGCAGUGAUCUUGUAUGGACGAUUAUGUUACUUUGUACAUUGUUAAUAAAAACAACAGAUUUGUAUGUACUUUGUGAGUUUUUUUUUUUUUGAUUU